GUGCAUUUGUACGACCAUGAUGACUAUAUGAUUAUUCGCUAUUAUUCAGUCCACUCCAACAGAGCAGCAGAAGGUUCAAGUGCUCCGUCAUGUCCAGAAUGGGGCCUACGAAGGGCGUGGCGAUGCGCGUGCCGAAGAAUCCACCAGGUAUGAGGAAACCUACAACGGCGAGUGGGCGGUAUGGUGGUAGCAAUCGACCUGGAGGAGAUGAUGGGUAUCUGUACGUCGCGGGGAUAAGAGAUCCAUCCCACAAAGUCACAGAGUUCAAAACUGAAUCAGAUGUUUGUCCCGUUUGUCAUACCGAUCGUCAGUUCAACAAGAAUCUCCGACUUCUCAUCUCUCCAUGCUAUCACAAGAUGUGUGAAUCAUGUAUCGACAGGCUGUUCACUCUUGGUCCUGAGCCUUGUCCGCAGUGUGGAAGGAUAUUACGAAAGGUCAACUUUGCCCACCAGACGUUUGAGGAUCUCAAAGUGGAGAAAGAAGUGUCAGUCAGGAGACGCAUGGCAAAGUACUACAACAAGAACGAGAAAGACUUUGCGACAAAACGCGAAUACAACGACUACCUGGAGGAGGCGGAAGAUAUCACAUUCAACCUUCUAAAUGACAUCGAUGUGGAAGCUACAGAGGCUAGGAUCACCGAGUUUGCAAGGAAGAACGCCGAGAUAAUCGCUGCAAACGAAAAGAAGCGGGCCUUGGAGAUGAUAAAUGAAGGAGAGCGGGAAGAGGUCUUGAGGAAGGCGAAAGAGGAGCGGGCGAGGAUGGUGGCGGAAUACGACAGAAAGGAAGAGAUAGAGUCGGAGAGGAUACAGCAGGAGGUUUUGGAGGCAGUGGCUCGAGGAGAUCACAAAUUGGCUCAGGAUAUCGAAUCUCGAGGGAAACGCGAAGCAGCAGUACGAGCCGAAGCACUCGCAGCGGCUAUUCCGCCCUCGAUCGCGUCGCUCCUGACGGAUCCAAGGGCGAGGUCUCUCCAGGCUUCAGCCGGAUCAAACGGGGAACACACACAACAUCAACCUGGUUCACCAUCCUACAGUGGCCGAUUCGUCGCUUAUCCUUAUUCUGAUCCUUCAGAGGCUCCUGCACUGCGUUGGUUCAACCUCAUGGAUGAUUACGUCGAUUAUAGACCUGGGGUCAUAGAUGCAAAGAGGAACAAGGAUGGCAAAUACCGAGGUGGUGGAUUUGAUUUGGGUCAGUUCUGGGAGAUGGAAAUUAGGACAGCUGUGGAGGCUCUUGGCAUAGAGCCGCUGGUGUAGCAUACAAGGGGAAGGGUCGUGGAAUCGGAGCAGAUAGUCUCAUUAUUGUUGUACUCGUACUCAUUUGCAUUGAAACGGGCAUAUCUCCGG